CAGCUACUCCUCAGCAUUGGGGUUCUGGUGCUCCUCUGGUGGGAUUGAGAAGAGUGUGGACACUGUUUGGUUCCUCCUCAUCUUUCAGCUGCUCUCUAUUGGCGCAGGGGUGUUGUACACCAUCCUGGGGCUGGUAGUGUUUGGUGCAUCUGCCCAGAAUCAAGUGGGGUUAGUUCCUGUAUCCCUCUCCCGUAUGGUUAAGAGCUUUGUUUUGGGUGUCAGUGUACCCAUGUUAGCCCUGCCCUGGCUGUUUCUG